GUAACCAGCAGUUAACAUCGUCCAAUAGAAUGACUGCAUUCAAGAUUUUAAACAGGGGAUUCCUACUAAAAACUUUAUGCAUUGCUCAGUACAAAAACUAGGUAAUGUUAACAACAAGUUCAUACAGAAUCCAAAUGGAUAUUCUUAUGGUGCUCUGAGAGUUGAAUUGUGAACACAAUUUCAGUAUUGGAAAGGACAUAUCAAGCCUCAAUAAGUCUUAGCACCUUAUCUGAGUGACUGACUGGCUCACAGCAAAAUGUAAGUCAGUGGUGAAACAAUGGCUGACAGGAACUGUCUGUAAAAGGAACGACAAACCAAAAAAGGAAAUUAUGUGAAUAGUAGCCUUGGAAUUGGGACUCAAUGUAACUCAUGAAAUUCAAGAAAAUAAUUAUACUGGAGAGAAACUUAACAAGUAUAGAUUCUGUAACAAGACUUUUAUACCACCAAUUAAGUACUUACACCAUUCAGUAAAAAUGUGCACAGGAGAGAGACCUUACAAGUGUAGAUUCUGUGACAAGACUUUUACUCAAAAAGGCCAUUGCACAGUGCAUGAAAGAAUUCAUACUGGAGACAAACCUUACAAGUGUGGAUUCUGUGACAAAACUUUUACGGAGAAAACUUUUUGCAUACGUCAUGAGAGAAUUCACACAGGAGAGAGACCUUUUAAGUGUAGAUUCUGUGACAAAACUUUUAAAGACAAAAAAUCUUGCAAAUAUCAUGAGAGAAUUCACACAGGAGAGAAACCUUACAAGUGCAGAUUCUGUGAUAAAACUUUCAGAGACAAAACUAAUUGCAAAUAUCAUGAGAGAAUUCACAUAGGAGAGAGACCUUACAAGUGUAGAUUCUGUGACAAAACUUUUACUCAAAAAGGUCAUUGCACUGUGCAUGAAAGAAUUCAUACUGGAGACAAACCUUACAAGUGUGGAUUCUGUGACAAAACUUUUACGGAGAAAACUUUUUGCAUACGUCAUGAGAGAAUUCACACAGGAGAGAGACCUUUUAAGUGUAGAUUCUGUGACAAAACUUUUACUCAAAAAAGCAAUUGCGCUGAACACGAAAGAAUUCAUACCGGGGACAAACCUUACAAGUGUAGAUUCUGUGACAAAACUUUUACAGAGAAAACUUUUUGCAUACGUCAUGAGAGAAUUCACACAGGAGAGAAACCUUUUAAGUGUGUAUUCUGUGACAAAACUUUUACUCAAAAAAGCCACUGCAUUGUGCAUGAAAGAAUUCAUACCGGAGACAAACCUUACAAAUGUAGAUUCUGUGACAAAACUUUUAAUGAUAAAACUAAAUGCACUUAUCAUGAAAAAAUUCACAUUGGAGACAGACCUUUGAAGCAUAGACUUUCUACGAAGACUUUCACUACAAAAGGGAAUUGCACUUACCAUGAAACAAUUAACACUGGAGACAAAGGUUUUACACAAGGUUUCUGCACUGUCCAUGAAACCAUUUAUACUGGAGAAAAGCAUGAUACAUGCAAGAACUGUGACAAAGAGAUCAUAACAAAAUUGGCCUGCACUAGCCCUAAAAGAAUGCACACUUGUGAGAAACCAGACAGAUAUGGAGUAGAAUUCAGUCAAGGGAAUAAUUGUAAAACACAUGAAACAAUGCACAACGAAAGAAAACAUGAUUCAAAUAAUAUAUAUGGAACUUUAGGCAAUGAAGGUGAGCCUAACAAUUCUCCAGAUUCAGAGGGGGAGACAGAUGAAAUAAGUAAUGUGGAAAAUAAACUGACAAACAAUAAUGCCGUAACCCAUCAUAUAUAUGAGGAAGACAGAACAGAAUACAAUCAUAAAGACGAUGACACUUUUACCACGGAGAAUAUCACCAUCAUUACUGACAAUGAUGUCUAUGAAAUACUUACUGGCAUAAAAAGGACCACACCAGGUCUCAUUAUAACAAUUAUGAAAAAUCCUUUCUACGCCUUUCAAUGAUGUGAUCAGAUGACAAAAACAAACUAUUACCUUAUAAAUUUGCUAUUUUUGGACAACUAAAGAACAAUCAAAUGUAACUGCU